ACAGCAUCAGGGGUGGCGCGAGAACAGAGAUCGCGGUGAAAGCCUAUGAAACAAACUGCGCCUCGCUCAAGACGAAGAUAAAAAAAUAAACCUCAUUAAAUUAAUUAUACACAACAACAAUAAAUGCUUCGUCGAUAAGACAUGAUAGGUUAUAACCAAGACCAAAACAGAACUCCAAAAUGAAUCUAUGGAUUCGUUAAGAAGUGGUGGGCUGUCAUUGCGUCUCGUGGAUUGCGUAAAGUUGCCUUCUUUUUGGCUGGGAGAGCUAAGGACCACUCCGGUUGCAAGACUCAUACCUCUUUGAGUGGGGAUGGAUUAAUUGCGGUCUUUUUUUUUUUUAGAGGAUCAACUGAUCUUCCCCGUGAGGAAACAAUCUCAGCUGCGGCUUGCACGCGCUUUGGGAGUUCCUCAUUCUCCUGCUCAAGAUGACAUCGAACUGCAUGUUAAGGUCUCUGCUGAUGAUCAUUCUAGCGCUGUUCUCCGCGAAUGCGAGCAACUGGCUGUACCUGGCCAAGCUGUCGUCGGUGGGCAGCAUCUCGGAGGAGGAGACGUGCGAGCGGCUGAAGGGGCUGAUCCAGCGGCAGGUGCAGGUGUGCCGGCGCAGCGUGGAGGUGAUGGACUCCGUGCGGCGCGGUGCCCAGCUCGCCCUGGACGAGUGCCAGCAUCAGUUCCGCCACCGCCGCUGGAACUGCUCCACGCGGGACACGCUGCCCGUGUUCGGCAGGGUGGCCACGCAGGGUACGAGGGAGGCAGCUUUCGUGUACGCCAUCUCGGCGGCGAGCAUCGCCUACGCGGUGACCCGCGCCUGCAGCAGCGGAGAGCUGGAGAAGUGUGGGUGCGACCGGAGUGUACAGGGGGUUAGUCCUGAGGGGUUCCAGUGGUCGGGCUGCUCGGACAACAUCGCGUACGGCGUGGCGUUCUCCGCCUCCUUCGUGGACGUGCGGGAGAGGAGCAAGCGCUCCUCCGCCGGCAGGGCGCUGAUGAACCUCCACAACAACGAAGCCGGGAGGAAAGCUAUCCUGCGCCACAUGCGCGUGGAGUGCAAGUGCCACGGCGUUUCGGGGUCCUGCGAGGUGCGCACCUGCUGGCGGGCCACGCCCUCCUUCCGCAGGGUGGGCGGGGUCCUGAAGGAGAAGUUCGACGGGGCCACGGAGGUGGAGCUCCGUGCGGUGGGCUCCGGCAGGGCCCUGGUGCCCAAAAACCCCCAGUUCAAGCCGCACACGGACGAGGACCUGGUGUACCUGGACCCCAGCCUGGACUUCUGCGAGCGGGACGCCCCGAGCGGGGUCCUGGGCACGGCGGGGCGGCGCUGCAACAGGACGUCCAAGGCCAUCGACGGCUGCGAGCUCAUGUGCUGCGGGCGGGGCUUCCGCAGCCAGGAGGCGGAGCUUGUGGAGCGGUGCGGCUGCAAGUUCCACUGGUGCUGCCACGUCAGGUGCAAGCAGUGCCGCAGGACGGUGGAGCUGCACACCUGCCGGUGACCCCGCCCUGCCCCCCCCC